AUGCAUGUCUUACUGCACUAAUCUUCGGAUAAAUUUUAAAUGGGGUCUAUUACUCUCUUUAUGCUGCAGUUAUGUGGCCUUGUGUUCCUUUAUGUGUGCCAGAAAGAGCUGCUGGAACAGCAUUUGGAGUUGUAAAUGCUGUUUAGAAUAUUGGAUUAACAGUAUUUCCAGUUAUUGUAGGCCAUUUAAUAUCAGAUGAAACUUCAUAGACAUAUGUUAUUAUUUUAGGCAGCAGUGCUAUUAUUGGAUUAAUUAGUAAUAUUGGAUUAUGGUUUGUUGAUAAACAAAAUGGGAGUAAAAUAGCCAAGACUAGUCUCAAAGAUAAUUCUUAAGUUUAAGAUUUAAAUUGCAACAGGAAUAUGA